CGCCUGUUCAGCCACCCGACUUGCGGCGUAGGCUCCCGCAGCACAGCGACCAGAAAGAUGCACACCUUGCACCUUCAACUCCCAAAUUGAUCGAAGAUCGCGUCGGGGUCGCGUACCGAGUCACUGGGGUGCGGCAUGCGAACGGCGAGUGAGGACCCAGCUACACAAAUACGAUGCGGAAAGCCACGUACACGCGAGUCUUCCCAACAGACCUCUACUCCUACUUCUACUUGCUUCAUGACAAAUGAUGGUGCAUACGCUCACCAGCGCCGCGGCCCCGAGCGUCACCCAGCCAAACGCGACCGUCCGACCAGCUUUGAGUCGUGGGUGAUCGUCGUUCUAGGACCUGCUGGUGUGGGCAAGUCGACGAUCGUUUCCAACUAUGUCCGCGAUUGUUUCUUAGGUACGCACGAUCCAGGGGCAGAGGACCGUGGAAUCAACUGGAAGAAGAUAACUGUGGAUAGGAUCUCAUGUUUCGUUCAGGUGAUCGACACAGCGGGACAAAAUAUGCCAGAGACGGAGAAGUGGAUUCACCUUGGCCAGGCAUUCAUUCUCGUCUACGACGUCACCUCUCGCGUAUCAUUCGACGAGCCCGUAUGCAUCCUCGUCGGCAACAAGUGCGACCGUGCGUACGCCCGAGAAGUGUCGAAGGCAGAAGGGCAGCAGUUGGCGGAAAGUUGUCGGUGUCCCUUCGUGGAGGCAUCCGCAAAGACGAUGUAUGGCGUCGAUGAAGCUUUCCAGGGUGCCGUUCGGAUCUUGCGCUCACAACCUGUGUUACGCUCAGAGUCUAAGGCCUCCUUCAAAUCACGGUGGUCACUGAAGUCGAGAAGGAGCGAUUGUAUUCUCAUGUGA